CGCACGUGUGAACCCGGCUUACGGCAUAGUCACUAUAGAUCUACCAGACGUCUCGAGGCAUGGCUGAGGUAUUAUGGCUGCAAUGAGGGUCACUGGACCAGCAAACGACCGGUUGUACAGGUAAUGGUUUGUUUCCGUAAAACGCCGCAACACGCCAGGUUUUGUAACCUCCACUUGUGGCCUUAGUCAUCCUUGAGGGACAAGGCCAUGAAGGGUGUGGAUCUUUUCUAGGGUGCACGACAGAAGUACGUACUACUGCAGCGAGUUUCACGUAUUUCUUUCAGAGUCAACAGAUCGAUAGCUAGAACAGGCAACAAGCUCCCCUUGACAAGCUACUGUUGUGUUUACCCGUGUCUAGUAGGGCUUAUGCUCUGGUUGAAGACUUAAAGUGGUGAAGACAUCGUUAAUAUUCAACAGCCCAAAAUGGCGGGAAAGGGUAAGACUGUAGCGGUUGUGACGAUGCUAACCCUGGCCGACCUCGCAGCCAACACAGUCUUCUACAUGAACGGUGCGGAUGUGUACAAGUUCAUGUACGGCAUCAACUUCUUCAGCAUCUUUACCUCCAUGUUCGACACCUGGAUACUGGGCGUACUCAGGGUGUGUCUGAUGUUCGGAGCUGUCCUGUCCGUGCUGUGCAACGCCCGAGAUGCUGUUCCAAGGAUCAAGCUGUCCAGGUCGUGGGUCGGAGUCUACCCAGCCGCUGUCUUUGCGUACACAAUCACCAAGCUGCUGCUCUAUUCGGAAAAGGAAACGGACAUUCUGAGCAAACUGUGGUUCUGGGCACAGUUUGGAGGGAGUCUUGUGGGAUGUGUCAUAUUCUACCUCAACUGGAGUUUACUUUCAAACAUCAAGACACAACUACAUUUAAGAAGUGUGAACAAGGAGGAGGGAACAGAGGAAGAAACAAGGACCCUGGUCGAUAAAACAAAUGGCCAAAAGAUGAAAAGUAAUAAAGUAAAAGAGGAAGAUGGCAAGUCUUCUGCCGUGUUGAAAUUGAUAUCCUACUCCAAACCUGACAUGGCGUAUAUCAUUGGAGCAACAGCCUUCCUUUUAGCAGCUGCUGUCAGUGACAUCUUUGAGCCUUACUACACGGGGCAGGUGAUUGAUGGGAUAGCCAUCGAGAAGUCUCAGGAGAAGUUCACACGAGCCAUCGUCGUCUUAACCUUGCUGUCUAUUACGAGCUCAAUAUGUGCAGGAAUUAGGGGUGGACUGUUCACUUUUUGCAUGGCCAGGCUCAACAUCCGCUUACGCAAGCUCCUCUUUAAGUCUAUCACUCAACAGGAGAUAGGCUUCUUCGACAGUGUAAAAACAGGUGACAUCACCUCCCGUUUGACCUCUGACACGUCCACCGUGUCCAACAUGCUGUCCCUGAACCUGAACGUCUUCCUCCGGAGCUUCGUGAGGGGGGCGGGAACGCUUGUCUUCAUGUUCAAGUUGUCAUGGCAACUAACCACCUUCACAUUAGUGAUAGUCCCUGUUGUUGCUGGUGUGUCUAAAAUCUACGGAAAGUACUUUAAGAAAUUAUCCAAGGCAGUGCAGGACUCCUUCGCCAAAGCUAACGAGGUUGCGGAGGAGACCAUAGCGUCUUUGAGGACAGUCCGCAGCUUUGCUCAUGAGACCGGGGAGUGUGACAGAUAUGGAGAAAUGCUGAAGAGUACCUAUAAGCUUUAUAUGAAGAAGGCCCUCGCCUAUGGAUGCUUCUCAAUGACAACACGUACCCUUGACCUUACCAUGGUGGUGUUGACCUUGUACUAUGGCGGCCAUCUUGUCAUCACAGACAGACUGUCAGGAGGGAACCUGGUGUCCUUCAUACUGUACCAAAAGGAACUUGGAGAUGCUAUAGAGUUACUUGGAUCUGUCUACACUGGUCUCAUGCAAGCAGUUGGGGCAUCAGAAAAGGUUUUUGAGUACAUCGAUCGCAAACCUGAGAUACAGAACAACGGUUUGCUGGCACCUGACAGGCUAGAGGGACACAUAGAGUUCAAAGACGUAUCCUUUGCCUACCCAUCUAGGAAAGAUAUCCCUGUUUUGAAGGAUGUUUCUUUCAAGGUGUCUCCAGGCGAAGUUGUUGCCCUGGUCGGCCCAAGUGGUAGUGGAAAGAGCACCUGUGUUAACCUGCUGGAACGCUUCUAUGAGACCAUGUCAGGCCAGGUGCUGCUAGAUGGUAACCCCAUCAUGGCGUAUGAUCACAAGUUUCUACAUAGAAUGAUUGCUUUGGUUGGACAAGAACCGGUGCUGUUUGCCCGCUCCAUCAAGGACAACAUAUCCUAUGCCCUGGACAACUGCAGCUUGGAGGAGGUGCAGCGCGUUGCUAGGCAGGCCAACGCCCAUCAGUUCAUCACGGAGCUGCCCGAGGGGUACGAGACGGAGACAGGGGAGAAGGGGAUGCAGCUGUCCGGGGGGCAGAAGCAGAGGGUGGCGAUCGCCCGGGCGCUGAUCAGGAAACCAGCGGUGCUGCUACUGGACGAGGCCACCAGCGCUUUAGAUGCCGAGAGUGAACACUUAGUACAGCAAGCCAUCAACAACCUGCACGGACACACGGUCAUCGUGAUCGCCCACCGCCUGAGCACCGUGGAGAAGGCUGACCGCAUCAUCGUCAUCGACAAGGGGACCGUGGUGGAGCAGGGGCGGCACGGGGAGCUGAUGCAGCAGGACGGGCUGUACGCCAAACUGGUACAGCGACAGUUGUUAGGGCAGGAUGACAAGGAAAACAACAGUGAAGCAGAGAAGGAUGAGAUAGACAAGAGGCCAAACAGCCUGUAUGGGUCGAUGAAAGCCGGUCGUGUCCGAUUGAAAAGUAGUUAGAGUCUUAUUUCCUAAAUUCCAGUAGAGGAUAUUUCCUUGGACAAUAUCAGACUGAGUACAUAUCAUUAACGUACAGGUCAACCUUCAAAAUUUUGUGUUAAGGAAACAUGUCCUCCUAGCCUUUUCAUGCUCAGGAUUCUUCUUCUUUUCAGGUUGAGGAGAUAUUCUUCUUUUAUUGCUCCUGGUUGAGGAUAUAGCCUCUGUAACGUUUGAAGGGGAGGUCAUUAUCUUUCAACUUUUUCAGGUUGAGGUUUUGAUUUUUUUUCUUGAUAUCUUCAACAUUUUUUCUUCUUCUUUCUGGUUGUACAUGAGUACGUACAUCCCCAGCUUUUCAUUUUGAGAAUAUAGCCUAGGUGAGGACAUUAGCCUUUCUAACUUUCUUUCUGGCUGAGGAUUUAUCCUUCUCAUUUGAGGAUAUAGCCUUUUUCAUUUUUAACGUCGAGGACAUAUUCUUUUUAACUUCAUCAUGUUUCAUGAUGAAACGACAAGAUAUGAUGAUUAUGAACUUCUUCAGGUUGAGAUAUACUCUCAACCUUUUCAAUUUGAGGAUAUAGCCUCUUUAACGUUUUAAGGGCUAGGCUUGUAUCCUAUUUAAAGGUUUUCAGGUUGAGGCUACAUGAU